AUGACAUCUUUGAGUAGGGAAUUGGUGUUUUUGAUUCUUCAAUUUCUCGAGGAAGAGAAAUUUAAGGAAACUGUUCACAAGUUGGAGCAAGAAUCUGGUUUCCUCUUCAAUAUGAAGUAUUUUGAAGAGAAAGCACUGGCUGGAGAAUGGGACGAGGUUGAGAAGUACUUAUCUGGGUUUAUAAAAGUUGAUGACAAUAGAUAUUCAAUGAAAACAUUUUUUGAGAUCAGGAAGCAGAAAUAUCUUGAAGCCCUUGACAGGAAUGACAAAGUGAAGGCUGUUGAAAUACUGGUGAAUGAUUUAAAAGUUUUUUCAUCAUUUAAUGAAGAGCUAUUCAAAGAAAUUACACAGCUUUUAACCCUUGACAACUUCAGGGAAAAUGAACAAUUGUCAAAGUAUGGUGAUACCAAAUCGGCUCGAAACAUAAUGCUCUUAGAGCUUAAGAAACUGAUAGAAGCCAAUCCUCUCUUUAGAGAUAAGCUUGUGUUCCCUUCAUUGAGAGCGUCAAGGUUACGAACGCUGAUUAAUCAAAGUUUGAAUUGGCAACACCAGCUGUGCAAGAGUCCAAAGCCAAAUCCAGACAUCAAAACUUUAUUCACUGACCACACCUGUUCCCCUUCAAACGGAGCUCGUGCACCUACUCCUGUCAAUCUUCCUGUAACAGCUGUUGCAAAGCCUUCAUCUUAUGUUCCACUUGGAGUACAUAGUGGACCAUUUCCACCAGCCCCAACAGCUGCUAAUGUUAAUGCUUUAGCGGGAUGGAUGGUGAACCCGAAUCCUUCUUCAUCAAUUCAACCACCUUCACUUGCUGCUUCGUCAUUGGCUGGUCCACCAAAUCAAGUCUCUGUUUUGAAGCAUCCGAGAACACCUUCCACUCUUGGAAUGAUGGACUAUCAAAAUACCGAUCAUGAGCAACUAAUGAAACGUUUGCGGUCAGCACAAUCUGUUGACGAGGUUACUUAUCCGGCGCCACCCCAACAAGCCUCUUCUUGGUCACUUGACGAGCUUCCUAGAACUGUGGUUUGUACCUUACAUCAAGGAUCAACAGUGACAAGCAUGGAUUUUCAUCCUUCCCUUCAUUCUUUACUUGCUGUUGGUUGCGCAAAUGGUGACAUUUCACUCUGGGAAGCAGGGUUGAGAGAGAGGCUGAUAUCAAAACCUUUCAAAAUAAAGGACACUGCUGCUUGUUCUGUGUUUUUUCAGGCUGCAAUUGUUAAGGAUGCAUCUAUAUCCGUCACCCGUGUAUCAUGGAGUCCCGAUGGAAAUCUUUUUGGGGUUGCUUUCACAAAACAUUUGAUUCAUUUGUAUGCUUAUCAAGGACCUAAUGAUCUAAGGCAGACUUUGGAGAUUGAUGCUCAUGUGGGUGGUGUUAAUGACUUGGCAUUUUCUUAUCCAAACAAACAACUUUGCGUUGUAACUUGUGGAGACGAUAAGUUAAUUAAGGUGUGGGAUUUGACUGGACGAAAGCUCUUUCAUUUUGAAGGUCAUGAAGCACCGGUUUAUUCUGUUUGUCCUCAUCAGAAGGAAAAUAUCCAGUUUAUAUUUUCUACUGCUGUUGAUGGAAAAAUCAAAGCCUGGUUGUAUGAUAACAUGGGAUCCAGAGUUGACUAUGAUGCUCCUGGACAAUGGUGCACCACAAUGCUCUAUAGUGCUGAUGGAAGUAGAUUGUUUUCAUGUGGGACAAGUAAGGAGGGGGAUUCUUUCCUAGUUGAAUGGAAUGAAAGUGAAGGUGCGCUAAAGAGAACGUAUUCUGGGUUUAGAAAAAAAUCUCCCGGUGUUGUGCAAUUUGACACAACAAAGAACCGCUUCUUGGCUGCUGGUGAAGAUAACCAGAUUAAGUUUUGGGAUAUGGACAAUGUCAACGUUUUGACAAGUACAGAUGCCGAGGGUGGUCUUCCUAGUCUCCCUCGUUUGAGGUUCAAUAAGGAUGGAAAUCUGCUCGCUGUUACUACAUCAGAUGGUGGUUUAAAAGUCCUUGCUGAUACUGAUGGCAUGAAGUAUUUAAGAGCUGUUGAAGCUCGGUCUUACGAAGCAUCUAAAGUGCAGAUGGAGACAAAGGUGUCUGGGUCUUCUAUGGUUGCAAAUAUGAAUCAGCACAUCAAUAAAGUAGAACGUGUCGACAGAAGCUCUCCUGCUGCACCACUGCCUAUCCUUAAUGGAGUUGAUUCUAUGACCAGAAGCAUGGAGAAGAAAAGAAGUUUGGACGAUAUAGCUGAAAAUUCUAAAACUUGCGAACUGACAGAAAUAGUUGACCCUGUUCAUUGUCGAGUAGUUACUCUACCGGAUAGUAGUGACCCUACUAAUAAGGUUAUUCGUCUUCUUUACACCAAUUCUGGGACUGGCCUUCUGGCUCUUGGUGCGAAAGGGAUUCAGAAGCUUUGGAAAUGGAGCCGAAAUGAACAGAAUCCCACUGGAAAGGCUACGACUAGUGUUGUUCCCCAACAUUGGCAACCAAAUAAUGGUCUUCUCAUGACUAAUGAUGUCCCAGACAAUUCUGAAGAAGCAGUUCCUUGUAUUGCACUCUCAAAGAAUGAUUCUUAUGUCAUGUCUGCCUGUGGAGGAAAAAUUUCACUUUUCAACAUGAUGACUUUUAAGGUAAUGGCAACUUUUAUGUCGCCACCCCCGUCUUCAACGUUUCUUGUGUUUCAUCCUCAAGACAAUAAUAUCAUUGCAAUUGGAAUGGAAGAUGCAACCAUUCAUUUUUACAAUGUUAGGGUGGAUGAGGUCAAAUAUAAAUUGAAGGGUCACCAGAAGCGUAUUACUGGUUUAGCUUUUUCAACUCACCUAAACGUCUUGGUUUCGUCCUCCGCCGAUGCUCAGCUUUGCUUUUGGCGUAUUGAUUCAUGGGAUAAGAAGAAAACACUACCAAUUCAAAUGCCAGCAGGAAGAGCACCUGUCGGUGAUACUCGAGUAUAUUUCCACUCUGAUCAAGUGCACUUACUGGUAUGCCAUGAAUCACAGCUAGCGUUAUAUGAUGCUUCAAAAAUGGAACUCAUUCGGCAGUGGGUCCCACAAGAUGGAUUGUCUACUUCCAUAUCCUCUGCAACAUAUUCCUGCAAUAGCCAACUAGUUUAUGCUGCUUUCACUGAUGGAAAUAUCGGAGUAUUCGAUGCUGACAGCCUGAGACUAAGAUGUCGUAUAGCUUCGUCGGCGUACCUACACCAGUCAUCGUCAAAUAGCCAAAAUAUAUACCCUUUUGUUAUUGCAGCACACCCACAGGAGCCAAAUCAAUUUGCAGUUGGAAUGUCAGAUGGAUCUAUUAAGGUGAUAGAGCCCUUAGAGUCAAAUGGGAGAUGGGGAGUUUCAGCAUCUGUUGAUAAUAGGACAACCUCACCAUCAAUUACUAACAACUCAAAUUCUGAGCAGCUUCAAAGAUGAUUCAUAUACAUUAUUUAAAGUCACAUUUGUGUAAAAAAAAGAAUAGUAAACUGUUUUUGUUCAGUGUUUCUUUAUUUUGUGACAUUGUUUGGGUAAGCCUAUUUAUGGUUUGGUAAAGAUGUUACAACUUUUGCACAGAACACAUGCGUUUUAUUUUCCUAUAAAGAUGCUAAUUAGGUGCAUGGUCAAUUUCUUUGAUGCUGGCAAAUUACUAAAUUUCAUCCAAUUUUGGCAUCAA